CACAUGCACGCGCACGGCAGAAUUUUUCCCUUUUGUUUUUGGUUUAGGUCUAUUAUAUACGAAGGAAAUCUGUUCAUCGUCACGCCGAAGACUAGUAUCAGUGCUGCACGUUUCAUAAAGCGCCCAUAUGAUCGGUAUUAGAUGUACAGCGUGAUAUAUUAGUACUCUCCUUAUUUUAACCCCUCAUUAUAGCCCAGUGGCCAUCUUGGUUUUUCUUUCUUUUUUUGUUACAAUAAAAAACAGGCACCGACUAAACGACAACAUUUACCGAUAUGGCGAUAUAUUUUCUAAGAUAGCUAACUUAUAUAACGUUUUAAUGUAUAUUAACAAUAUGAUACGAUUGUAUCUUCCUGAUUCUGAGAAUAUGUUACACGUUUUCGGAAUAAAAUUACUUCGACUUUUAAAUGUAUAUCGAUUCUAAAGAUAGUGUUAUUUGCUUCAGUCAUGUCAGUUUUCUUGACGUAGAUUAAAAGUAAAAGAAAGUACUGUACUUGCAAAUUUAAAAAAACAAAAAACAAAACAGGCAUUAAGUAGGACAGUCCUACAUUUGACGCAUGCGCGAGAUAGUCGUAGAAAAAGAGAGGCGCGCAAGCGUUGCUAUAUUAUAGCACGUGUUAAAUGGCAUGAUUAAGGUGAAAAAGUUCAUAGUUUGAAAUUUAAAAGGAUCUAAAAAGUUUCAUCCGAUGGAGGAGGUAGACGUUGAACCGACGAUAACCAAUAUUCCUGCACUCAGAAGAGGAAAGCAUAUGGGCUUUGCAUGGGGUCAAGGUAAUAUCUUUGUCUAUGAGACCCUCUUCAAAGCAACAGGUGCAACAGGAUCUGGUUCCCCCUUCAUCCAUGAAGUCCGGAAAGAUGAAGACAUCUACUCUCCUAUUUUGCGCAAACUCUUUAACGAGUCGCAUCACAUUUUUGUUGGCUUGCAAACAAUCAGGGAGGAUCUGCCCAGCAAGAACAAGAAACCUCAGUUUGUCAGCAUCAGUAAAAACUAUAGAUCUGUUAUUCGAGCCUGUAUGGAGGAGCUGCAGCAAGUUGCAGUUUCCACAAAAAACGCAGAGAUGUCCGUACAGUAUGGAAACCAGGUCUCCAUUCUUUUAGCUAUAGAACUGAUCUGGAAUCUGUGUGAAGUCCUUUUCAUCGAUGCUGCUCCUGCCGGCUCGCUCCUGCUUCACCUCCUGGACUGGGUGAGGCUGCACAAGGCUGACGUAGACGAAAAGGCUCGAGACGUGCUGCAGAGUGACAGCCCUGCUGAGCAUCGAGACUACUGGGAUGUGGUGGUGAGUUAUGUGCUGCAGGGCAGGUUGGACGAAGCCAGACAGAUGCUGGGGAAAAAGGCCACCCUAACGCCUGCUGCAAACAACAUCUACAAGAUGAUGGAUAACUUACUCAGCAAGAUGCCUUUUUACAAUCCUGGUGGCACACAGACACUGACAGAGUUUGACGUUAAGUGGAGGCACUGGCAUGAAGAGGUAGACCGCUGCUUGCAGGACAACUCUUUUGCUAGCAACCAACAUCUGGAGGUCAUCUGCAAGAUCCUCCUGGGUGAUGAAGACACUUUACUGGAGCACAAAGACCUCCUGGGAACCUGGUAUCACUUCCUUGUCUCAAGACUGCUGUUCUGUCAUCCCACUGUAAAGCCCACUGAGUUGCACUACUAUGCACAGUCGUGUAUGACCAUGUUUCUGGACUCAAGGAGCGCACCAGAACCUCUGGACAGCAUCUUGCUGGCUGCCUUUGAGUUUGACAUCCAUCAAGUUAUUAAGGACUGCAGCAUCGCUCUCAACAACUGGUGGUUUGUGGCUCAUCUGACAGACCUGCUGGAUCACUGCAAACUCCUCCAGUCUCACAAUCUACACUUUGGUUCCAAUUUAAGAGAAUUCCUCCUGUUGGAAUAUGCCUCUGGCCUCUUCACUCAUCACAGUCUGUGGCAGUUGGCUGUGGAUUACUUCGAUCACUGCCUCGAGUUUGGUCGUGUCUACCUUGAGCUCCAGAUUGAGCGCGUUCCCUUAGACACGGAGCGGAAAGCACUGAAGGUCCUCCGCAUUUGUGAACAGAGGCAGAUGUCGGAGCAAGUACGGAGUAUCUGUAAAAUCAUGGCCAUGAGGGCCUUAAGAAACAACAGACUUGGCUCCGCCCUUUCCUGGAGCAUCAGAGCCAAAGAUGCAGCGUUUGCCACCCUCAUCUCUGAAAGAUUUUUACAGGAUUACUGCGCCAAAGGGACCUUUUCUGAUCUGGAUUUGAUCGACAACUUGGGUCCAGCCAUGCUGCUAAGCGACAGGCUGACUUUUCUUGGGAAGUACCGCGAGUUUCACAAGCUUUACGGGGAGAAGCGCUUCAAGGAGGCUGCAAAGCUGCUCCUCUCCCUCAUGACGGCCAAGAUUGCUCCUCGGAGCUUCUGGAUGACCUUGCUGACUGAUGCGCUGCCUCUGCUGGAGCAGAAAGAGGUGAUCUUCUCAGCGGACCAAACCUAUGAGUUGAUGUUCUGUUUAGAGGAGCUCACUUCCUCACUGAACACUCCAUCUUCAGACUCGGACAAAUCCAUGCAGGAGGAAGAUGUAGAGUUGACCAAAGUGGAGCUCCUGAGACUCGCGCUAUCAAGAAACUUGGCAAUGGCCAUAGUCAAAGAGGGAACGGUGGAAACAUGAAGUACACCCCCUCAUUCUUUUCCAUGAUGUACAUAAAAUCCAAUAACUUUUGUGACUUUUGAUAAUAAAAAAAUUCUCAACCUAAA